AUGACGGACUCCGGCGAACUGCCCGAGGGCAUUGGAUCUUUGCUCGACACGGAUCUUUACAAGCUUACCAUGCAAUGUGCCGUUCUGAAGUACUUCCCCAACAUUGAGGUAACUUACAGGUUUACCAACCGCACCGCCGAACUCAAACUCAACCGCCAGGCCUACCACUGGCUCCAGGCCCAAAUUGCCCAGCUCGCCAACAUUCGCGUCACAGAUAAAGAGAUUGACUACCUCACCGAACACUGCUCUUAUCUCACCCCGGAAUACCUGAAGUUCUUGCGCACCUUCUCCCUCCACCCCGAGGAACAGGUCGAACUCUCUUUCCAGCCGUCCACUCCCAUCGACAACGAGUCCGUGUCAGAUGAGGGUGACAUUGCCCUGUUUGUGAAGGGUCGCUGGUUGGACACUAUACUCUACGAGAUCCCACUGCUUGCUCUUGUGUCCGAGGCAUACUUCAAGUUCUGCGACACGGAUUGGGAUCAUGAAGGACAGGUCGACAAGGCAUAUGAGAAGGGUCUUCGUUUGCUUGAGGCUGGAUGCUCAUUCUCCGAGUUUGGCAGCAGAAGAAGAAGGGAUUACAAGACUCACGACAUGGUCAUGCAAGGAUUGCAACAGGCAAAAGAUGAAGCGACCAAGCGCAGCUUCCCUGGAAAGUGGGCCGGCACCAGCAACGUACACAUGGCCAUGAAGCACAACAUGUCUCCUAUAGGGACCGUGGCUCACGAGUGGUUCAUGGGUAUCGCUGCCAUCACUGACAACUACACAAAAGCCAAUGAGACAGCAUUGCAAUACUGGAGUGGCACUUUCGGCCGCGGAGUGCUGAGCAUCGCUCUCACUGACACAUUCGGUACACCUGAUUUCCUAAAAGCCUUCAAGAGACCCGCGCCACCAGGCCACUCUCGCGACCCCAGUCUGGACAAGCCAAACCCAAGCUUUGCCGAAGUAUACACUGGAACACGACAAGACUCGGGUGAUCCAUUCGAGUUCAUCAAGAGAAUGCGCGACUUCUACGACGAGCAGAACAUCACAGUACCCAAGACGAUUGUGUUUUCGGAUUCGCUGAAUGUGGACCGCUGCAUCGAGUACAUGCAUGCCACUCAAGCAGUCAAGCUGGUGCCUAGCUUUGGUGUGGGAACUUUCUUCACCAACGACUUCAGCAAGAAGAGCUCUGGCGAGAAGAGCGUGCCGCUCAACAUUGUCAUCAAGCUGUUCGAGGCGGAUGGACGGCCGUGCAUCAAGAUCAGCGACAAUCUGGGCAAGAACAUGGGUGAUUCGGAGCUGGUGGCAAAGGUCAAGCACGAGUUGGGUUAUGUCGAGAAGUCUUGGUCAGGAGGCGACGAGACGAAGCGAUGGGGAAGCGCAAAGUCAAGCGCUUGA